CGCAUGCGCAGUUCCAGGCCUCCUGCUAAUUUUUGAUCACAAAGACACAAAAAAUAGAUUCUGGUUCUUUUUUUGUCUCUACUAGAAGCGAAGGUUUCAAUUUUGAAUGGCCCAGUCGUCUCCAGUUACAUCAGUAUCUCGUAAAGGGAAGUUCUCUGCCUUUACCGUGGAGCAGAGAGCCACGUUAUUGAAAUAUUUCGACGAAUAUGGCAUGACAUCUACUCACCGUCGUAACAUUGAUCUCAUUACUCAAUGUGCAGCAGAACUGGGCACAACUAUACCCAAAGUGAAGAAUUGGAUCGGCUCUGAAGUGGUUAAGAGGAAGAGAAAAGUCGGCAUAUUACCGCUACCAAAGUUUGAGUUUUCAUCUGGGUCACCAGAGCUCAAGCCUUCCACUGCUCCAGCAAAGAAGAUCAGGCGUGUCAAUGGAUAUAAUUUAUUUUUCUCGGAAUACGUUCAGAAUCACCCAGACCUUGGACCUGAUUUUAAGGAGCGCAAUACCAUAGUUGCUACCAGGUGGGGAGAAUUGAGCGAAGAGGAGCGAAAGCAGUGGGCAACACGUGCUGAAGCUGUUUGUAGCACAUCUAUACAGGAGUACAAUCAGCAGCAACAGUUGGUUCUGCAAGACUCGUCAUCGCCAGUUCUAAGUGUUGAGGAAAACCUUGUUGAAAAGACCUUGCUACAAAUACAAGAUAAGUUUGAAUUGUUGGAGCAGCUGGGGUUUGAAGGCUAUGCCAUAUUUGUUAACACUGGUGCCCUCCAGACUCACCUACUAGCUACUAAUAAAGGAAAGGCAUAUCACAAGCAGAGGCAGCAGCUGGGGAAACCUUUAGAGAAUCCAUUCAUUGGAUAUGUAUUCUCUGAUAAUGUAUCAGAAUUGAUACCUUCAUCUACUGGUAUCCAAGUACCAUCUCCUGUUAAAGUCCUAAAGCCUACUACACUGCUUCCAGCCACUGGUCCUGUUACUGCAGUCAUCUCACCAGUUGUCAGUAAUAGCAAUGUAUCAUUGAAUGUAGAGACAAUGCAAAGGAGUGUUGCUAAUGCUUUUGCUCUCAAAUACAAGAUAUGUACCGGUCGAAGUGAUUUGGCUUAUGAUAAUUUGGAGGAAUCUGGUGUUCAAGUAUAUGGACUACCUGAGGGAGUUCCAUUCCAUUCUCCUAUUCUCUACAGUCAGCAGCAGCUCCAACAGAUAUUGGCCAACCAGGACAAGAUUGUAUUUUUAAAGAUACCCAACUCUGAGGCUGGUAUAUCAGAGGUGGAGAUAGAGCCAGAGAGUGUUGCUACAUUAGUCCAUGAGCACAGCAUUCACUUGACACCUAAUCCUGCAGCUGAUGCAUAAAAGGACUGACUUGUACCUGCACUUGCAUUACCACACAAACACUGUUGCCUUUUUCAUUGUAUAGUACACAACAGGAUCUCUUUGUAUGUCUCUGCUUUCACAGUAAAAUGAGUUUUUGACAAAAAUAAUUCAUAACAAUUUUCUUUUGGAUCAAAGAUGCAAAAGGAAUUCUAA